GUCAGCUGUGUGUUUCUUCUCUGACACAAUAGAAGGGGUAAUUUGAUUGCAAACAACAUGACAGGAGCCAAACCCUGCCAAUAGUACCUACAGACCACCUUCAAUAGCUCAUUAUUUCACAGUGUAGACUUUUUUAAUAAAAUAAGAGAGCCACAAAGUCUUUUGGUGGUGCAACGAUUUUCUAGUUCCAACAGUCUUAUUGAAGAAAUCAUCGUACUGUAUAUGGAAAGAGUUCAAUUCAUUGUGCACCACAAACAGAACAUACCUAACAUCCUGUUGCAUUUGGGUGGUGCACAAAUGUCGGAGGUGGAAAUCUUAAAAUAUGUAUAAAUAUAAUACAAAUAUGUAAAAGCAAACUCUAAAACCACAAAAACUAACAUAAAAAAUGUGCAUCAAUGACAGCAUACAUAAACUCUCCACAGACAUCCCACAAGAGGUAGGCAAAUUGUAGCCUGUUAGCUAAAGUUCAAACACCUGCCCAGGUCUCCAGACAGCACUGGAGCUGAUUAUCUCAAACCUGAUUUCAGUUAGUUCAUCAGCGUGAGACUUGAUUGAGCACCAACACUUGAAAAGGGCCACUGUGGUAGCAGCAGUCAUGCAGCUGAAGCAGUAGUUUCAGAUUUUGUUGUCUGUUCAGGAUCAGCACAUGUUGAGCAGAUUGUUUGUCUUUAGUUUUGAGCAAUGGCUUCUGGAUUUUGUGUGAGGGUGCUGUUGCUCACACUAUUAGUAUUUGGGCAGCAUGCAAAGGCACUCACCUACAGAAGUGGAGGCUCCAGCGGCAUUGAACCUCACUUUGAGCUAGCUGAAGACUUCCCGAGGAGCUACAAACCUGCUCAAGCUCCUUCCAGUUAUGAGAGCUCUGCACAGCCUCUGGGUAGUUAUGGACCCAGUUACACUGAAAGCGCUUCAUCUGCAUACCUGAAGCCUGCUACUGCACCUAGUGUAGGAAGGUUAAGUGGUUCCUAUGAGGGGCGAGGAAAUGGCUACAGUCCUGAAGGAAGUGUUUCUAGUUCCAUGCCUCACUUGCUAAUGCUUCAAAAACCCAGCCAAAACUCACAGCAGCCACACUAUCAACCUAAUUCUAAUCUAAAGGGUGUCCCCCAGACCAAAGCUGGCAUGUGGGACUUUGCUUUACCACAAAAAGGGAACGGAUUUGAGUCGGGUAUUGUUUCAAGCAACGGAAUUCAGAUGCAUUCUGAUCAGCAACCGACCAAGCCAGCCUACCCUGGCAAGCCCCAGCCCCAGCCCCAGCCCCAGCCCCGACCCCAGCAGCCCGCCUACCCUGGCAAGCCCCAGCCCCGACCCCAGCAGCCCGCCUACCCUGGCAAGCCCCAGCCCCAGCCCCAGCACCCGGCCCAGCCCCGACCCCAGCAGCCCGCCUACCCUGGCAAGCCCCAGCCCCAGCCCCAGCCCCAGCCCCGACCCCAGCAGCCCGCCUACCCUGGCAAGCCCCAGCCCCAGCCCCGACCCCAAGCCCCAGCAGCCCGCCUCACCCCGGCAAGCCCCAAGCCCCAGCCCCGACCCCAGCCCCAGCAGCCCGCCUACCCUGGCAAGCCCCAGCCCCAGCCCCGACCCCAGCCCCAGCAGCCCGCCUACCCUGGCAAGCCCCAGCCCCAGCCCCGACCCCAGCCCCAGCAGCCCGCCUACCCUGGCAAGCCCCAGCCCCAGCCCCGACCCCAGCCCCAGCAGCCCGCCUACCCUGGCAAGCCCCAGCCCCAGCCCCGACCCCAGCCCCAGCAGCCCGCCUACCCUGGCAAGCCCCAGCCCCAGCCCCGACCCCAGCCCCAGCAGCCCGCCUACCCUGGCAAGCCCCAGCCCCAGCCCCGACCCCAGCCCCAGCAGCCCGCCUACCCUGGCAAGCCCCAGCCCCAGCCCCGACCCCAGCCCCAGCAGCCCGCCUACCCUCAACCCAGCAGCCCGCCUACCCUGGCAAGCCCCAGCCCCGACCCCAGCCCCACCAGCAGCCCGCCUACCCUGGCAAGCCCCAGCCCCAGCCCGCACCCGAAAGCCCCAGCCCCAGCCCAGCCCGCCUACCCUGGCAAGCCCCAGCCCCAGCCCCGACCCCAGCCCCAGCAGCCCGCCUACCCUGGCAAGCCCCAGCCCCGACCCCAGCCCCAGCAGCCCGCCUACCCUGGCAAGCCCCAGCCCCGACCCCAGCAGCCCGCCUACCCGGCCAAGCCCCAGCCCCAGCCCCGACCCCAGCAGCCCGCCUACCCUGGCAAGCCCCAGCCCCAGCACCCUGGCUACGGUGUGACCCAAAGCAAAGCUGGCAUGUGGGACUUUGUUUCCCAAGGAGGUGUUGGUCCAAGAGGCCCUAGACCAUAUCAACCUAAUCCUAAAAUAAACGGUGUCCCCCAGACCAAAGCUGGCAUGUGGGACUUUGCUUUACCACAAAAUGGAAACAGAUUUGAGUCGGGUAUUGUUUCAAGCAACGGAAUUCAGAUGCAUUCUGAUCAGCAACCGACCAAGCCAGCCUACCCUGGCAAGCCCCAGCCCCGACCCCAGCCCCAGCAGCCCGCCUACCCUGGCAGACCCCAGCCUCGACCCCAGCCUCGACCCCAGCCCCAGCAGCCCGCCUACCCUGGCAAGCCCCAGCCCCGACCCCAGCCCCAGCAGCCCGCCUACCCUGGCAAGCCCCAGCCCCGACCCCAGCCCCAGCAGCCCGCCUACCCUGGCAAGCCCCAGCCCCGACCCCAGCCCCAGCAGCCCGCCUACCCUGGCAAGCCCCAGCCCCGACCCCAGCCCCAGCAGCCCGCCUACCCUGGCAAGCCCCAGCCCCCCACCCCAGCAGCCCGCCUACCCUGGCAAGCCCCCGACCCAGCCCCAGCAGCCCGCCUACCCUGGCAAGCCCCAGCCCCGACCCCAGCCCCAGCCACCAGCCCCAGCCCCGCCUACCCUGGCAAGCCCCAGCCCCGACCCCAGCCCCAGCAGCCCGCCUACCCUGGCAAGCCCCAGCCCCGACCCCAGCCCCAGCAGCCCGCCUACCCGGCCAGCCCCAGCCCCGACCCCAGCCCCAGCCCCCGCCUACCCGGCAGCCCAGCCCCCCCCUACCAAGCCCCAGCCCCAGCAGCCUGGCUACGCAACCGACCAAGCCAGCCUACCCUGGCAAGCCCCAGCCCCAGCCCGAGCCCCAGCCCCAGCAGCCCCCCGCCUACCCUGGCAAGCCCCAGCCCCGACCCCAGCCCCAGCAGCCCGCCUACCCUGGCAAGCCCCAGCCCCGACCCCAGCCCCAGCAGCCCGCCUACCCUGGCAAGCCCCAGCCCCGACCCCAGCCCCAGCAGCCCGCCCCCCCCCCAGCAGCCCGCCUACCCUGGCAAGCCCCAGCCCCGACCCCAGCCCCAGCAGCCCGCCUACCCUGGCAAGCCCCAGCCCCGACCCCAGCCCCAGCAGCCCGCCUACCCUGGCAAGCCCCAGCCCCGACCCCAGCCCCCAGCCCCAGCAGCCCCAGCCCCGACCCCAGCCCCAGCACCCGCCCCUGCAAGCCCCAGCCCCGACCCCAGCCCCAGCAGCCCGCCUACCCUGGCAAGCCCCAGC